AUGCCAAUUACACCAACUAUCGACAGUGAGAUCCAUGAUCUCUCAGCAAGAAUCAAUGGCGUGAUAGAUACUCAUCACAUCCUCAACCCAGAAGGCGAGGAUGCUGAACGUCAGGUAGAUGAGGAGGAUACUUUGGAGGCAAUUAUUGAGCGGCAUAUUCAUGUUGACCAUGCAGAUGAGGAUGCCAUCCUAAAGGAUGUUGAACCACCACCAAUAAUCUUGCCUGCCAUCUCAGAAGCUGUUGAGGCUAUACAGCUCGUCUGUCGCUAUAUAGAGCAUGACCAAAAGACUCAACACCAAGAUCUUCGCUUCCUGCAACGAUUUGAGCGUCAUCUAAGCCAGACAUUGGUUGAACAGAUGAGGCAAUCAACCAUUGCAGGAUGGCUUACAUAG